AUGCUUUUAGUCAACAAAAGUAUUAGGCUCGAUUAUGCUGUAAAUCUUAUCUUAUUAUUUUUCUUCACAAAAUUAGUUAUUCUCACAUUAUGCAAACACAACUAUACCCUUCAAAAGAGUAACAUUUUGCAUUAUAAAAACAGUAACACUUUCCAAGUAGAAUUAUAUUUAAGAGAGAGAAAACAUAAGAAGUGUCCAACAUUUAUCCAUUUACAUAAUCCAUACAAAAAGAUAGACGUUAAUGAACGCCAAUAUAAACUGAAUGAUGAUUUAAGGAACAUUAUCCUACUCUUUGGGAGAAUAGCCGAACCUUAUUAUCCAAAAACAGCUGAACAAUUUAAUUUUUUUAAAGAACCGUACAGUAAAUAUAUCCAUACGAACGAAAAUAAAAAUUCUACAAAAUGGAAAUACAUUUUUAAGGAUAAGAACAAAAUCAAUAAAAAUAUUUUUUAUGAAAAAAUUUGUGAACUCAAAUUUAAAUGGCCAAUUAAUGAAGAUGAAAAUAUUACAGAAUAUAAUUUCUACAAUUUAGUCAUAGAAAAAUGCCUAAACAAUAUUAAUAUUGUUAAGAACAAUAUACACAAUUUGAAAGUCUUUUUAACCAAAGUGAUAGAAAGUAAGAAAGAAUUUGCAAAAAAGGGCGCAACGCAAAUUAAUCCAAUUGAAGAAAAAAAACUGCAUUUCAUUCACAAUUUGUACAAUGACCUGAAAAAGGAAUUCUUAAAUGAAAAUGAUAAGGUAGAACAACAGCAGGAGGAGGAUGAAGAGGAAAAAUGCAGCGACGACUCGUCAUCUACAAAAGAUGAUAAAUUAGAAACAGACGGAAGAAAAAUUCUUGAAAAAUUAGAAAAAUUUCAUUUAAAUGACAUUUUUAAGCAGCAUAAUAGAUCCUACAGUAGACUACUUCUUAAUGAAGUUUUUAAUAAAGAAUAUCCAUCCAAAAAAACAACAGAUAUAUUCUUACAUUUGGUUUUUCAAAAAAAUGUAGAAGAAUUUUCAUAUGAAUAUUUUUUAAAAUAUCUGGACAAACUGGGAAAAAAAAUUGAACUUUUCACCUGCAACUACAACUGCAAUAUUCAUUUUGAUCAAUUUUUUUUUCUUAUGAAAAAUGAAUUUAAAAAAAAUUCCAUUCUUCUUAAGAAGAAAAAAACAUGUCCUCCUAAAAUAUCGAAAGCGAAAAAGGAUUAUAAUAAUGACACAAAUAAAAAUCUAGCUGCACACAAAACUAAAAUGAGAAUUAUUGAAAAUAGACAUAACAACAUAGCACAAAAUGGGAAAAAAAAAAAAAAACAAAAUUCUCUCAUCAUAGAAGAUCAUGAUAUUAUGACUGAGCACAUUAAUAAAAUACAAAGUGAUAUAAAAAAUGAAGAUCCAAUGCAUCAUAUAGAAAACUUGGAUAAUCGCCAAUCAAAUUUUUUAAUUCCAUCUAAUUUGGAAAACGAAAAAAAUAUAAACCAAACUAAAAAAAUCCACAUACAUAUUCACACAAAUUCCCAAACUGUGGUGGAAAACCUCAAAGGCACAGUUAUUAAGCUAUUUAACUAUAUCGUAAAUACCAUCAAAAAUGCCUUCUAA